AUGAUAAAAAUUGAUUUAAUUGUUAUUGGUAAUCUAGGUAAUUGAUAUAUACAAGAUUAUUAGGGUCUGGCAAAACAAGUCUUAUAUAGAGAUUCAUUGACUGUAAGAUUUAUCCUAUAAUUCAGAGGAUGCUCCAUUUUAACAUAAUUAUCUUCCAACACUUGGAUUAAAUUUAGUAAAGAAAGAAUUCGUCCAUUAAGGAUAGUAAAUCAAAUUAUGCAUUUGGGAUACAGCUGGAUAGGAUAAAUAUUUUAGUCUCACAAAAAGUAGGUCUAUUUUAUAAAUAUGAAGGUUAUUUUUAAAGAGCAGAUGGAGUCAUUAUGGUAUUUGACAUUGCAGAUAAAGACAGUUUCAAUCGUAUAAGCGAUUAUUGGAUUAAACAAGUCUAAGAAUGUUCAAAAGCAAAUGCUUAAUCCAUUCUGGUUGGCAAUAAAAUAGAUUUGUGCGAAGUACAAAAUGCCACAUAAUUAGAAACGAUAAGUCAAAUUCCUUGAAGCUUAGGAAUUCUCAUAGAAAUACAAACUACCUUAUUUCGAAGUCAGGUUUCUUUUCAUAAUUAAGGAAGUGCAAAGACUGGAGAUGGAGUGCAAGAGGCAUUUAACUUUCUAUCACGAAAAUGUACAGAAUGCAUAGAAACAGAAGUGAACGAAGUGCAACAUUUAUAAAUAGAUUCUGAAAAUAAAUCAAAAGGAUUUUAAGGAUGUGUUAAUACAAUUAUGGUAUUUAUGCUAUUUAUAAUAGAGCAUUUGGAAGAAAUGA